CGCCACGGUACAGAACACAACACAACAGAACACAACACAACACUCAUACAGAACGCACACCGCUCGUGCCACGCCGCAACGCAGCGCAACAGACACGGCCGUGGAACGGCAAGCCGGCAUGCGUUUUCCGAGGGGCCGGCCUCCGAUGCGGAACUCCCGUGUUGCUGUCGUUCUCGCCGUCACUGUUUCCGUCGCCGUUUCCCUUGCGGCACCGGCGGGGGUUGCGGCCCUGUCCCUCGCGCCACCGGUCGGAAUCGGUCCCGGCCGCUGCCUUGGAGCCGGAUACAACCCCUCUGCUGCGGCACGUCCCGCGGUGGUGGGGCCGAAGCGGUGGGGGUUUCGCGACAGCGGCCGGCUUUGGGCGGGGAGCGAGGACCCUGGAAACCCCGACGGAUUCGAGGAACCAUCGGUCCCCGGUGCGAGGAAGAGCAGCAAAAGCAAUGGUAACGAUAUUGACAACGACAACGCAAAGAAGAACAGGGAGCGAGCCACCCAAGACCGACUCCAGAGGAGGAACCAGCGCAAACAACAUCGGCAACGCCAGGAACGACCRCCGCAACCGCUGCGUACCCAAGGCCCCCCGAGCGAGAAGGGGACCCGCCCAAGCCGCGGCCGCCGGAGCGGAACCGGCGGAUGGGAGGAAGGCAUCGAAGGCCCGAUCCCUUCCACCGGGGGGAGGCGCUCCCGGGCGGAAAAGCGCAGGAGGCGGAGGGACGACCAGAGGCGGAACCGGCCGACGUCCUCGGACGCCCUCGCGGAAGCGGUGGCCAUGGGCACCCGGGCCACCGGGAUCCUGGGCCGCAAGACCGRUAGGCUCUGGAGGGACCUGGCGGAAGCAACGGCUGCGGCGGCCGAAGAGUCCUACGGGGAAGGGGCCACCGGCGGGUACUACCCAGAGAGCAACAGCGGCAGUGGCAGCAACAGGCGGAACGGGCGCCGCACGGGCAGCAAGAGAUCCGGGAGGACCCGGCGAUCGGGGUUCAACUGGCCGGUGCCACCGGGAGAGGGAGGAACCACCGCGCGAGGGCGGCGGCGGAACCGAAGCGGGGAAGCCUCUUACGGCGCGGAAGGCGACUCGUUGGGAUACGGCACGGCCGGCCUUGCGAACGACGAAAACGAAAACGAMRACGAARUCACCACCGUGGAAUACUAUUACGAAAGCGACGUUCCCGCGGCUCCUCCCGAAAGGAAUCCCCCGAGGAGCGGCAGAAACCAUCCGUUUCCAACUCGGCCCGCACGGGCAGAGGCACGGGUGGUGRCAGAAGCAAAGGCCUCCGGGCCGAUGCCAGRACCAGCAUCGGAGACCGGUAUCCCGAAACGGGAGCCGUCUCCGGGAGAACCACCUGUAGGAAGGACUGCUGAUGGYGCUGCUGCUCCCGYAGCCGGUGCUCCUGCUACUCCGGCCCAGGUUCUCCGGGCCAUGCCGCUCGGCCGGCUCCUGGAAGCCCUCGACGAGAAGGACGUGGCGUAUUCCCCCCGGGCCUCUCGAAGGGACCURGAGGAAUUGCUCCUGGGGCUGCAGGGCGACGACCUGUCACCAGACCCGGCCACCCAACCAGGGACCGGCACGCUUCCCCACGGCCAAGAACGCGGCGGAAGCAACGGCAGAAGCAGCGACGAACCCUUCGUCUCGGCGGUCAAAAAAACCAACACGCCCACCGAGAACGCACGCGGCGACGAGAUCGUCGUGGAGGUGGAAUCCAUCUCCCCCGAGGAAUGGAAGAGGCGGCGGGGGCGGAACGAAGACCCGCGGGGGCAGCCCGCCACCGAAGACCGCCGGGCCCGGCCAACACCGGGCCGGGGUGGCGAGGCCGGGGGGAACGCCGGGAAACGCAAGCCGGGCCGCGGGCCCCCGUCCCCCGGGGCCGGCACCGGGGGACGUCGCCGUACGGAGCAGCGGCCGCCGCCGGUGGAUUCCAGUCCGAAGGACCGUCCCGGUCGCCGCGUCUAUUCUCCCUGGAGCGGCGGACGCAAGAAGGCCGGGGAAGACGCCGGAGCCAGCGGGACCUCCCGGGGCCGCRGCCACGGCGAUCCCGCCGUGAACAAGAGACAGAGAAGAACCACAAAGAAAGAACACGGCGCGAGAGGCACCCGGAAMAAGGCCRACGACGACGACUUUGAUCGCUUCGGGGACUUUGUCGAAGGCGACCUGGAACGAUUCGGUGACUUUCUUGCGGAGUCCGUAGACAAUAUCUUCUGGGGAACCACCAGCGAGGAGACAACAGCAGACGGCGAAACCAACCACCACGCGGCGCAAGCGAGACGAUCUGCCCGUGGUGACCCCGCGGAGGCAUCCGCCCCUCGGGCGAGAGCCCAAGGGAGGAGAGAAAGAMACCGCGGUUUCGCUAGCGAACGAAACAGCGGGGACCAACCACCCAAAACGGAAAGCAGGCGCCACUGGAAGGACAAGGCGGAGGAACGGCUCGACCGCGCCAUGGGCCUGCACGGCACGGGAGGCAACUCCGGAUCCUACGACCGGUGGACCAAGAAGCAGCGGAGGAACCCCCGCGGGCGCAGAGCGUGGGCCGGGAGGAGCCCGCGGCGGUUCCAGCGCGAGCGGCCGUUCUGGGAGGAGGAGGGAUCGCUUUUCUCGGUCCUCUUUGGGGACGGGCCCUCKCCGUUCUUUACCGGCCUGGACGAGGUUCUGGGAAGCACAACGGGCGGCGGAGGAAGGAACGCCGGUGGCCGGACCCUCUCGGUCCUCCUGAAAAACUGCGCGGUGGUCCUGGCGGGGGUCGCCGGAUCCCUGUGCCGGUGGGCCAGCGUCCACGACACCCUCCCCCGCCCCCUAGUGUUCUUGGGUGCCACYGCCGCCGGUCUUCUGUCGGGGCCGGGCGGGCGGAUCAGGRGCGUUUUCCUCGCCCUCUUGUCGGCGAGGGUCCUGGGGGAGUGGCUCUACGACGGCGGUGAAGGCGAUGCCGAGGGCUUCCUGUCGCGGGAGGCCCGUGGGAAGGAUGGAGGCGGCGACGGUCCAUGCGACGAAGACGACGAUGGCGAUGACAAGGGCCUCCCGGGGGCUUGACAACGAGCACGGAACCAACAGUGAUAGCAAGGUGUUCAAAGGUGGCCUUGCUUCGAUCCGGGGACGGCUCCGCUCGUUUCGUUCCCAUGCGGCAGGCGACGAGACGGUUCUUCCGAAGGAGUGGAAACGAAACGAAACGAAACGAAACGAAACGAAACGAAACGAAACGAAACGAAUGUAAUAUACCGAGCGUAUGUGAAAACUUUUGUGAAUGCUAUGUUUCAAUGCGGUAGAAGGAUUGUCAAUUAGUUUUUCGACCUCGUUCGACGACUGGAUCUUUCUGCUUCGCAAGUUACGGUGCAGUCUUUCCGAUAUGGCGUUGCCAUGGUUUCGUGCUAGAAGGGAAAGAGCAAAGAAUAGCAUAGAAAAGGAGAAGAAUCGCCGUACUCGUGUAUGCGCAAGAUGAAGUCCGGGACGAGAGCAACGAAAAAUGAGCAGUGUCCUGGGCCCUAUCGAAUCGGCUUCAUCCUGUAACUUUACCGCUGCUACACAACUUUAUUGAC